AUGCAUAUCAUUGACCUGGCCACCAUCCCCGACUUGGCCAUUGCCUUGUUACUUGACUGGACGGACACAAACCGCUUGAUCGACCUCCCGAGCCGUCCUGCCAGGCUUGAGUGGAUUGGCAAAGCUUACAGGGAUUGGGUCGGGAACGAUUCAGAUAGAGUGAAUGCAAAGUUUUUCAGCUCAGAAAUCCUGAAGCCUGGGGGAACCUCCUACACAUCAGUUUCGCAGCACUAUAUAUCUGCCGCAGCAGCCCGUGGCUUCCUUAUUUUCCUGGAGAAGCUGGCACGGCAGUUUGCAGAAGACCACGGCUCCGAGGAUGACUUGCUCCGAGCUGGGUUGUGCGGGGGCUUGCAGCAGCUUCAACACAUCAUGAUGAGCAAUGGGAAGUUGCUGGGCGGGGAUGCCAAGGAGAGCUGCGAACAUUUUUAUAUCUUAUUCAGGUCGGCCCUCAAUCAUCUGGCAGUGAAGGCCGAGGAAAGCAAACAGCUGAGAUACCACCUACGCCCCAAAAUCCAUCAUCUUGAACAUCUCAUCCUAGACCACUGCCGGCAAGGCCGGAAUUACCGCUAUGUUUCAUGCUAUUUGGGAGAGGACAUGGUGAGGCUCAUGAAACGGAUGGCCCUGAGACUGCAUCCGCUGGUCUGCGGCCAGCGUUCGGUUGAGCAUUAUGCCCUGCACGUGUGUUUGAAAUGGGCCGGGUUGCUGGACGACUGA